GCUCCACUAAUCUUAAAAGCCAUUAUUACUCUCUUACUCGCUUUCAUAUCUAACGCCCCUCUCUCUCUCUCUCUCUCACUCAGCAACAGCUCGCAGCUCACUCUCUCACUCUACUACUCGUAGCUAAGCUAGCUCGCGCCGCCGCCGCCGCCGUCGCCGCCGCCAUGAGCAAGGAGAAGCACCACAAGCGGGAGCACCACCUCCGGCGAUGCUGCGGCGGGAUGGCGGCGUGCAUCCUGGCGCUGGUCCUCGUCGUCGGCUUCAUCGCGCUCGUCGUCUACCUCGCGCUCCGCCCCUCCAAGCCGUCCUUCUACCUGCAGGACCUCCAGCUCCGCUCCGUCGACCUCGGCGACCCCUCCCUCUCCGCCACCGCGCAGGUCACCCUCGCCUCCCGCAACCCCAAUGACCACGUCGGCGUCCACUACCGCCGCCUCGACGUCUUCGUCACCUACCGCGACGAACCCGUCACGGUGCCCGUCUCCCUCCCGCCGACCUACCAGGGCCACCGCGACGUCACCAUCUGGUCGCCCGUGCUCUCCGGCGAGUCCGUCCCCGUGGCGGGCUUCGUCGCCGACGCGCUCAGGCAGGACGUCGCCGCCGGGUACGUCGCGCUGCAGGUGAAGGUCGACGGCCGCGUCAAGUGGAAGGUCGGCAGCUGGGUCUCCGGCAGCUACCACCUCUUUGUCAGCUGCCCCGCCAUGCUCGCCUCCGCCGGACCAGGCGGCGUCGGCCCCAUGCCUCUCGGCGGCGCCUCCGCCGCCGUCGUGAACGGCACCGGCGCCGGCGCCGUCGCGUCGCUCAGGUUCACGCAGCCGACAGGGUGCAGCGUCGAGGUGUGAGUCACAAAUUUGAGUAGCGGCUAGUGGCAAUAUGGUAAUUAAUUAAGUUCAUCGGUCGCGUUAAUCCGCAAGCUGUUAAUUUUUUUUUUGUGUUCAUGUAGCUCAUGCAUACUCUAUGUGAGAGAAUAAAGUUACGUACGUUCAUAUGUAUACCAUUGCAACACAUUAAUUUCCUAUAUGAAGUGUACUAGUAUAAUUUCGUUGCUGUAAUUUUUGAAUUAUUGUUAAUAAUAUAUAUUCAGGUAAUAUUUCUCGAGAAA